UCUGGGAGUUGGGUGGGCGUGGUUCUGAGUCCCGGACCUCCGGCGCCCACCUGCCUGGCCUGUCCCGCCGCCUCUCGCCUCGGUUCCCAGUCACUGCGGAACACCCCUCUUCUGCACCACCACCCCCGACUCCCCCGCGCGCGAUCGGACCACAGGCUUCAACUUCCAUCGCUGCCCAGCGAGUGUCUUAGACGCCAUGAGCUCGCUAGGGGAUCAGAUGCGUGACUGGCACCGGGGUGUACAGGCCGUGGCUCGGGGGGACUGGGGCUGCGCGCUGCGCCUCUUCGACGUCCCAGAGCCACCCGCCAGGAUGUGCUUCAAUGUGGGCUGCGUGCACCUGCUGGCCGGAGACCCCGAGGCCGCGCUGCGGGCAUUUGACCAAGCAGUGACCAAGGACCCCUGCAUGGCUGUUGGCUUCCUUCAACGGGGAGUGGCUAACUUCCAGCUGGGAAGGUUCCUGGAGGCUCUCUCUGACUUUCAGCUAGCCCUGGUACAGCUGAGGGGUAAUGCUGCCAUUGACUAUAAUCAACUGGGCCUGCACUUCAGGCUGCAAGCUUGGGAGGUGCUGUAUAACGUGGCAUCAGCACAGUGCCAGACAGGGCUCUGGAUGGAGGCUGCCAACACCCUAGCGGAGGCCAUCUCCAAGUGGCCUGAGGGAGCCCCGGACAUUCUGGACACUGCCUUGGACCAAGUGCGGAAACAGGUUCCCCUGCAGCUGCGGCAGGUCCCCAGGGGUGAAGUCUUCCGGCCUCACAGGCGGCACUUGAAGCACCUGGAGCCCAUGGACUUCCUCGGCAAGGCCAAGGUGGUGGCUUCUACCAUACCUGAUGACCAACAGUCAGUCUGGCCUCAACAGAGGUCCCAAGUGGAGCAAGAUGGCCACCAGGAUCCUCCAUCCACAGGACCGCUGGCAUCCAAAGGGUCUGGCGCAGGCCCCUCUGAGGACCCUUCAGACACUGAGGGGACAGAUGAGUCCUCAGUGACCGCCACUGUGCAGUGCCACUUUACUAUAGCCCUGAAAGUCCCAAGAGGAGCUGGACUGUCCAGUCUGCAGGCACUGCUGGCUAAGGCCCUCCUUCACCAGGCCCAGCUGGGGCAGCUCAGUUAUCAAGCGCGAGGUGAUGAGGGGCUCUGGAUUCCCAUUUCCGGAGAUGAAUCUCUGCACAGUAUGUGGAAGGGUAUGGCUGAGGGCCCUGGAGGGCUACGACUCCAGUGCCAGGGGGCUGUGGGCAGGCCAGUCCUCUACCAGGUGGUGGCCCAGCAUGACUACUCUGCCCAGGGGCCCGAGGACCUGGCCUUCCACAGAGGAGACAAGGUGGACGUUCUAUGUGAAGUGGACGGGGCCUGGCUGGAGGGGCACCACGACGGCCACGUGGGCAUUUUUCCCAAGUGCUUUGUGGUCCCGGUCGGUGCUUGUGAGGGAGCCCCAGCUUCCCUGGGGCUCCAACCAGGAGACCAGCACUAAGCAAUUCUGGGGCAAGAUUUAAUAAUAAUAAUAAAAAAACUAUCCCCCCA